GCACCAGGGGACGCACCAUUUGGAAGAUUUGCAGUUAAUGCAAUGACUAAACCAGAGAUAAGUGUGGUUUCAGAAUGCUGUACAGAUCUGGGAGAAGGUCCGUUCUGGGACAAUACUAUACAUAGGUGCUUAUACGUUGAUAUACUCGGAAAAAGUAUUCAUCUGCUUGAUCCCACCACUGGAAAGGACCAGAAAUACCAGUUUGAAGAUACGAUUGGAGCUGCUGUUAUGAGAAAAAAAGGAGGCUCUGUACUUCUGACAAGUGGAUUGAAGAUAAUAUUCUUAGAUUUGGAAACUCAAAAACAGGAAACUGUGGCUACUGUUGAUGGUGAUAAGCCCCAUAAUCGUUUCAAUGAUGGAAAAUGUGAUCCUGCUGGCAGAUUUUGGAGUGGAACAAUGGGCCCUGAACCAAGACCUGUUGAAGUUGUACCUGAACAAGGAACUCUUUACUCUUUUGAUAAAAAUCAUAAAGUACAAAGUCAUUUCAACAAGAUUACCAUUUCAAAUGGACUGGCGUGGAGUCCUGAYGAUAAAACAUUUUAUUUUGUGGAUUCAUUCCUAGGAUGUGUAUAUGCAUUUGAUUAUGAUUUAGCUUCUGGAAGCAUUGACAAUAAAAGAGUAGCUAUACAAAUAGAUCCUUCUCAUGGAGUGCCAGAUGGGAUUACAGUAGAUGUUGAUGGGAUGUUAUGGAUAGCAAUGUACAAUGGUGGUAAAGUUGCUCGUUAUAAUCCUACAACUGGAAAUGUGAUUACAACAGUGAACUUUCCUGUUACCAAGACAACAUCUGUUUGUUGGGCUGGUCCUAACUACGAUGAACUGCUGGUCACUAGUGAAAGAAAACGACUGUCUCCUGAAGAAAAGAAGCAACAGCCUCUUGCUGGUUCAAUCUUUAAAGUCAAAAAUCUUGGAACUGGAGGAUUACCCAGCAUUCCCUAUGAUGGGUAGAAAAUAACUACACAAUAUAUAUGCUGGCAUUGUUGACCCAUGGGGUCUAGGAAUGGGGGAGGGAGGGAGGCAGAGAAGAAGAAGGGGUUCCUGACCCUUUAGAGAUUUAGGCAAUGCAGGCUUUAAAACCAUUGCAAAAUUARAUAUUUGAUUAAAAUUUGACAAAUUUUAAAUAUUAUUACUUCACAAUAGUGUGGUUUUYAUUACUAGUUAGAGUAUUUAUAUUAGUGUACUAAUAAUUAUUAGAGUGUAAUAGUUGGAUAAACACGRUAGAAAACAAAAGAAUUAGAGUGAAGUAGUGCUAAAUAUGCUAAAUAGUAUUUCACAGGUUUAUGAAAAUCACUUUAAUAUUGAAUGUAAUCAAAUUACCAGCAAAUUUUUGUCACAAAUGAUUUUUGAUMUUUAUUUUAUAAACUAUUAAAAGAGAAAUAUAUCUUUGCCUUAGUGUUAACUGAAAAUAAUAAUGUUUAGGAACGUUGAGCAUAGGUAAUUUAAUGUUUAUGAAAUGAUUUUUAAAACACCAGUUCAUUCCCUAUUUUAAAACAUUAUUUAACCCAUUGCAUGUGCAGAUAUGAUCAGUAGGCAAUACAGUUGCAUCUGAGUGUGCUAUAUUAUCUUAAAGCAAUGCAUUAAGCUCACUUAACCAGUCUUUUUUACUGUGGUAAUAAAUUCUGUGGUAUGCAUGUCCUGAAUGUUAAUCAGUUAAGGUCCGUAGCAUAUUGCUGCAGCAAUGAUACGAAAUCUCUUACAACUGCCACAGGAACACCGAUGUUAACAUGGAUAUGCAGGAACAUCCUUCUUCCCCAUGGUGGCAUAAGCACUCCAAUAGAAAUGACCAUUGAGUUAUUCUCAAUGAUAUUCACAGGAGUUUUGCUCCACYGCUUUAGCAUUGAGGAUAUGCCACAAAGAACCUGUGAAAAAUAACCMCAAAAUAUUAAGCUAAACAAGCAUUGAAGAUGUUAUUGUUUUCAUUGCAAUCAAACAAAAGUGUAAAAUGCAGUAGAGCAGUGGAGUCUGUCCUAGUAAUACUGAAAUCAGCUGACUUAUAACGCAGGCUAACAAAAUUAAUAACCAUAAAAUGGCUGACAAUUGAUUGUAAAAGUGUCAAUAAACUGCUGUGAAGCAGCCACACUAAUCUUCAA